ACUAACACACACACACACUGGGAGAGGUACCGCGCAUGCGCAACAAUCUGACAAACGUCAGGCUCCCAGAGAGACGGCAGCGCUUGCAGAUCCGUACAGGCAGCAGCAGUAGGAGCAUCAGGGAGAGGGGAAGCCGGCACUGGGAAGGGCUGCCAGCUGAUGGCUAUUGGUUAUGUGGAACCUGGUGGAUGGAAGUAGGUGAAUGGGACUGAAUGAGAAAGGAGCAGAGGAGACAAGGUAUCAGUAGUGUGCAGAGAGGAGAGCAGGGAUCGGGUUGCUGAGGGAUAAGCGGUGAGUGCAUCUGCAGGACCCGGGCAGCUUGUGGGGCUGAACAGAUCUGGUGCCCCCCUCCCCAAGCCUGCCCCUGUCACUGAGUGGAUCCGCAGUGCCGGUCUCCCCGGCUUGGGCCCCGCAGGAGGAGCGCUCUCCGUGCUUCCCCGGGUUAGAAUGGUCGCGGGUGGCCGCUGGCUGCUGAAGGAGAAGUGAUGAGAAGCGGUGCCGGGAUAUUGCCUGGAUGCGGUAGCGCUGUUGCGGCACAGCCCGGAUAGCCCUCGGGCUGGAGGGGUCCCUACCCCCGCUGCCCCUCACAUGGAGACUUUCAGCUCUGAGCACAAGCUGCAUGCCGAGAAGAAGAGGCUAAACCGGGCACCGUCCCCAGCCAGACCCUUCCUGCGGGAACCCCAUGCCAGGGCGCCCCCCGCCAAGCCCUCCGUCUUGCCCCCCAAAUCCCCCAGCAGCAGCAUUAGGCACCAGUCCCCGGCUGCCCCGGCCGCUCACAGCCGCCUGUCCAGGCGCAGCACCCCGCUAGCCAAGGAGAAGCCCAGCCCGGCAAAGCCCUGCGGCGCUAAAGCCUCGCUGACUACCAAGAGGGCAUCCAGACCCCAUCAUGGAGCCGCCGAGCCCAGCGGUAAGGGGGGCGCUAGGAGAGAGCUGCUGCUACCUUCCUCCCCUCAGCCCGCUGUUGCCCCCACCAGGAGGAGGCUGCUGGUGUUGGACAGCACGUUAGCAGGUGGAAGGGUCAGCCACACGGACAGUAGCUCCGACCUGUCGGACUGCCCCUCAGAGCCCCUGUCCGAUGAACACCGGCAGCUACAGGCACAAAGCAGCGAUAACGAGUCUGGAUCCAGCGAGCAGGCAGUAGCCCGAUCGGAGAGGGUGCAGAAUGUGGACACUCAUAGGCAGCGAAAUGCAGCGCCCCCUAGCGAUGAGCCUAGAGAAACGGGGAGCAUGGGGGCCCAGUAUAAGCGCCCCGCAACGCCAAGCCGAGUGCAGGAGGAGGAUUUGCUCAGGGAACUGGAGGAGCUGCGCUCUGAGAAUGAUUAUCUCAAGGAUGAACUCGAUGAGCUGCGAGCUGAAAUGGAGGAGAUGCGUGACAGCUAUCUAGAGGAAGAUGUUUACCAGUUGCAGGAGCUCAGAAGGGAGCUGGACAGAGCCAAUAAGAACUGCCGUAUUUUGCAGUAUCGCCUCAGGAAAGCAGAGCAAAAAAGCCUAAAAGUUGCACAGACAGGCCAAGUUGAUGGCGAGCUUAUCAGAAGCUUGGAGCAAGACUUAAAGGUAGCCAAAGAUGUUUCUGUCCGUCUGCACCAUGAGCUGGAAAGUGUGGAGGAGAAACGAAUCAAAACUGAAGAUGAGAAUGAAGAGCUGCGACAGCAAAUCAUUGAGAUGGAAAUAACCAGGCAAGCUCUGCACAAUGAGUUGGACAGGACAAAAGAGAGUACGCUUAAAAGGAAAGGAAGCAGAGAGAUGCACAAAGAAAAAAAGAUAAUCAGUCAGGAGGACAAUGCAGAUUUAAAAUGCCAGCUACAAUUUGCUAAAGAGGAAGCAGCACUGAUGCGGAAGAAAAUGGCCAAACUGGGGAAAGAAAAGGAUGAUUUAGAACAGGAACUAGAGAAAUACAAGUCCAUAUAUGGGGAUGUGGAUGGCCCUCUUUCAACUGGGGAAACUGGGGGUCCACCCAGCACAAGAGAAGCUGAAUUAAAACUACGCCUUAAGCUGGUGGAAGAAGAAGCUAACAUCUUAAGUAGAAAAAUAGUGGAGCUAGAGGUAGAAAACAGGGGAAUUAAAGCAGAAAUGGAAGACCUCAGGUGUCAAUUAGAAAAAGAGUUUCUAAGCAGGGAGUAUGUUUCAAGCAUUCCUACCUCACCCUAUGGUGAUUCCAUGGAAUCUGCCGCAGAGUUGCGUCGCCAUCUCCAAUUUGUGGAGGAGGAGGCAGAACUUUUAAGGAGGUCAAUUUCUGAGAUAGAGGAUCAUAAUAAGCAACUAACCACUGAACUGAAUAGAUUCAAAUUUGGCCCCGAACAGGAUCUGGUCUGGAUCGAUGACAGUACCUCCAAAUGCAAUGGCUCAGUGCAGGAAGAGCUAAAGUCAGCUAGGAUUCAGAUCAAUGAGUUAAGUGGUAAAGUAAUGAAACUUCAAUAUGAAAACCGUGUUUUAUUGUCCAAUGUCCAACGCUAUGAUCUUGCAUUUCACCUGGGAGUCCGUACAGCGAGUCCAAGGGAUAGUGAUGCAGAAAGCGACACAGGGAAAAAAGAAAGUGAUAGUGAUGAUGGACACCCUACUCAACCAAAGAGAGAAGGACCUAUAGGGGGAGAAAGUGACUCUGAAGAAGCUUGUGAAAAAACAUCAGGUUUUGAGAGUGUCAAGCCAUCGGAAGGCAGUGACUUAUAUUCUUCUGAUAUGAAAAUUAGAGAGGAGGCGCACACUUUCUUAAAUAUAAAACGUGAGGCUGAACAUCUAGAAAGGACAUUGGAUCGACUUGUCACAGACACAGAUAGCUUGAUCUAUGAGGCCAAGUUACAGGUGACAAGCAGUUCUGUGGAAUUUCAGACCUACCCAGAAAAAAGAGGUGAAAUUUCAGCGUCUGAGAUCUUGGAAAAUGUAAAUACCAAAAUGAAAAUUUUCAGAAAAGAAUUGCAAAAUUUUAUGGAAGUGGUUGAUUGCUCAGGAGAAGGCCUAAAAGAGCGCAUAGAGGACCUUUCCCCAAUGCCUCACCUAACGGAAUCUUCUAGUUUCUUGUCCAAUUUGACUUCAGUGUCUCGAGAUUCACCUAUUGGAAAUCUUGGGAAAGAACUUAUUCCUGACUUUCAGCAGUCCAAACUGAGGGAACAAAUGGAAUAUCAACUCAGCCAUGACCAUGAAGAGGAUACUCAUCAUCUCCUAGUAAAUCAUGAGUCACAACGCAGAGCUGAUGGAGACUCUAAACACUACAGGCCAGGCGACAAGGGCUGUUUCAGUCUAGAGCUCAGCAAUCACGUCUCACCAGAAAAGAAUGCAACAAUACGUGAGCUACAGGCUAUUCUAGAGCAAGAACGGAGGCUACACCAGGAGGAGCAUGAGAAGGUGACAGACAGGAUCAUUCAGCUGGAAGAGGAACAUCUAAAAACGUUACGAAGGAAAGAUUUGGAGCUACAAAGCCUCAGUCUCCAGAAUAAACUAGAAGAGAAAACCUGGGGCCAAGAGAAGAUCCUAUUGCAGCAAGAAUUAAGGAGCUUUAAAGAGAAUGUCUUUGUUAUAUAUGCCAAGCUAAAAAGGUUACUGAAGCACUGGCAGCAGUGUAAGGGCAGUGAAGAAGUGGGGAACAAGGUCCACCAGAUUGAUCAAAUAAAUGCCCACCCAGACUUUUCCAUCCAUCUUGACUUCAGAGAAAGUGAUCCUGACUUGGAGGAAGUAGACGAGGAAGAUGAUGCUGUCUUUGCCCUCACUGAUUAUUCCCAACAUUCCAUAUUAGAAAGCCGAGAUAGCAGCCCUCAGCUUCAAACAGCAGAGUUAUUACAGCACCAGAAACGGGCAACAGAAAAUCAUCGAUUCCUUGCUGCUUUUAAGGCCUUAUUAGAUGAUUUUCUCUCAGAGCUGGCAGAAGAGGUAAGAGAGAAGCAUGAAAUCCAGAAGCAAUAUACAGCUGACAAGGCUACUUGGCAAGUGGAAGGCACUGAGCUGAAAUGUCUUCUACAGAAGUAUGAUGAGAAGAGACUGCGGAUAUCAGGAGAAACAUGCUCCAUUGAAUUGAAGCCUUCAGUUAUACUGGAGCGAGAAGAGCACAGGAAACUGCUUGCUGAGAGUCACAGCACGGCCAUGGAUCUGCGCAGGCAGCUUCAGCAAAGUGAGAAAAAAUGGAGUCAGGAAAGGAUGGAAUUGACUGACCGAUAUGACAAGGAAAGAAGGGAUUGGGAGAGGCAGAGGAAGGAGUUCCAGAGAACGAUAGAACAACUGCAAAAAGAAAUGAGCCCUAGAAGAACAGAAAACUUUCUAAGUGACCAAAAGGAUGGCAGUGCUGGUCAGUUUUCUCCCAAGGCAGCUUUGCAUGCAUCCCACCGACUUGGGGCAAGGUCCUUCUCCGAUUCAGAUGACAUGCAGCUUGAAGACCAGUUAGUCCCCAAGUUGAAGGGAAGUGAUCGUUGCUGUGGAUCAGAAAAUCUCUUUCUUGAUGCCCUGUCACUGGAUUCUGCAGAUGAUAUUGACAUACCUCAGCCCCACCAACUGGAACGGGAUAAAUUUGCUGCUGAGGAGGACUUACAAAAGGGAGGCCUGCAGAGGGUAAUGUCUGUUUCCUCCAUGUCUGAAUUUCACCGGCUGAUGGAGAGUUCUCCAUUUCUUCCUGAUAAAAAUUCAGAUUUUGCUGGUGACAAGGAUGAAUUGACCCCUCCUUUGUCACCCGAUGAUCUAAAGUAUAUUGAAGAAUUCAACAAGAAUUGGGAUUACAGUAAUGUGAGCCAGAGUGAUAAAGUGGGAAUAUGUGGGGAAAAUAAAGAAAAUGGCAGAAUUCAAAAAGAUCCAUCUUCGGAAACAUUCCAGUCAUCAUCUUGGUUCCUUACAACUAGUGUUACUAUGACAACAAAUACACUCACCAACCCUGAACACUGCCUGAUACCUCCACCUCGGAGCCACACAGUAGCAGAGAAAAUGGGAGUUCGAGUCUUCCAAAGCCCACCUGUGGUUCGCAGGUUUGAUAAAGUUGCCAUAGCCAGUAAUGAAGAGAAGAAACAGGUUGACCGAGAUAUGAUGUUUUCUGCGACCAAAGCAACUGUCCCUGAAGCAAAAAAUGGGGCAACUGAGGUGUUUGGAAGGUGGUCUAGUGAUCUAAACAAACAUCAUAGUGGUUUCCAUAGCAUGGAACGUCCUGUUUGUAGUACUGUGGGCUAUGCUUCUUCUUUGCACAAUUUAGAGCUUUCCAGGAAUAUGAGUGAUGACAUGAAAGAAGUUGCCAACUCUGUGAGGCAUGCAAUCUUAACCACCUCAGUUGAAUCUCAGUUCAGAGAUAUCGCCUGUCAAACCAAUGGAUUAAAGAGUACUGGUACACAAACCACUCAAACCAUUAGCGUAGGCUUGCAGACUGAAACUUUGCGUAGCAUCACCAGCAGUCCACACAAGUGUCUGACUCCAAAGGGCGGUUCUACUCCCAUAUCAUCACCUUCGCGCAGUUUACGGAGCAGACAAGUGGCUCCAGCAAUUGAAAAGGUACAGGCAAAGUUUGAACGUUCAUGUUGUUCUCCCAAAUACGGUUCUCCAAAACUGCAGAAGAAAAUCCUUCCAAAGACAGAUCAGCAAAUGAAUCGUGCCACUGGGGUUAAUCCUCAGAAAGGAUUUAAUGAAUCAGCAUGGGCCAGAUCCACCACAACACGGGAGAGUCCUGUUCACACUACAAUCAAUGAUGGUCUUUCCAGCUUGUUCAAUAUUAUUGACCAUAGCCCUGUAAAUUGUGACCAUACACCGAAAUUGUCUAGGCCUAGUAGCAGAUCUCGGUCAGCGGAACCCAGGUCUGAACUUGGGACCACUCCAGAAGGGUAUAUGGAUGUAAGGGGUAGAUCACCCAGCCCUAUACGUAUUGCCUUUGACUUUCAAAGGGAACAAAAUGCUGAUAUCAUCCCUGGUAGACAAGACCUAUCUGCCCCAGCAGGUUACACACUGACAGAAAAUGCUGCAAGAAUACUGAACAGGAAAAUGUUAGAAGAACAAAGUCCAAACAGUCCAUCUAGAAGUUUCAAUGACAACACAGCUGCAGAGAUUCUUAAAGUUGAUCAAAGGUCUAUAGAGAACCAAACUGUCUUACUAACUGCUCCCUGGGGAGUCUAACUGCCUGCUACACUGCUGAGCUGCCAAGUUCUGCAUUAGCUCCAACAUUAGAACCCAGUUUCUCCAGACCAGAGAGACCAGCGAAUCGACGUCUGCCUUCCCGAUGGGCUUCAUAUUCGCCAUCUGCCUCCAGAGCUCCCUCUAGUGGCGAUCUGACUUCAUGCGAUGACCAGGGAAUCAAAGAAACACGCAGAUAAGAAGCAGACGACUGACGCCACCGUGCAUGUAAAAUCAACAAUGCAACCCAGUGUGCUUCAUAGCAGAUUCAUAGUGCUCAGUCUCUGCUAGCAGAGACAUCUUGUAUUUUCAAACAUGAGGAAAUGCAAUGUGCAAUUACUGAAUGUCCAAACUGUCGUCAUAAAUUGGAACAUCUAUUGUGCCUGUAUGAGAUAACUGUGUUUAUGUACCCAUCACUGCUUAUUUCAGAAAAUGUACAGUGAAAUUCAAAAUGAACACCUAGGACAUGAAUGCUCUCUUAACUCUCAGUGCUGACUGCCAUUUUAUCCUUUCUAUUAUUUUUGCACUGUUUUCCUGUGUUCGUCUUUUUUUAUUAUUAUUGUUAUCUGUUGUUUAUGUCUUUUGUUUUUUUUUAAUUUUUUUUUUAUUUUUGGUGUCUAAAAAUGCAGAAACGUUAUAUUUUUUAGGUCCUUUAUAUUGUCCGAAGCUUUAGUUGUAAGAGAGAGAAACCAUCCCACAAGCUGGAUAGACUUGUAUGAAAAAAAAAUUAAAACUGGCAAAAAAAUCUUAUCAAGGUGGCUGUAUGCAAAAAAAAAAAAUGUCACUUGAUAGCUGAUCCCAGCACUUUAGUGCAUGUACAUAAUUCUACUGUAAUGAGCCAUCGUUCAUCAGAAUGAAGCCGAGUUUUAAUGUAAUAUUGUUGUGUUUUUAUGUACUGUAAUUUUAUUGUUAGGUUUCUUGCACUGACUACACAGGAAAUGAUUUUUCAAUUAUUCUCCACCAGCUAUGUAUGUACAACUCUCUGUGAAGUUCCAUGGAAAUGCCAAGGCGUAAUGAAAUGUAAUGGAUACCGUACGAUACUGUAUGUACAAGGCUUGGAAUGAAAAUAAAAUACUUAGCAUUUCAUGA